AUACAGACAUAUGUCGACAUCGCGAGCCUUAAGGACUAGCAUAAGCUAGAAGUGUUGAGCCCCUUGAAUCGCGAACUACUGCCGAGAGAGCGCGUGUGGGGAGCGGACUCUGCUUGUCGCAUCGGACGGACAGGCGCCAGUAAAAUGUCGGCGAUCAAGAUGCCUUCUGCGCUCAAGAAGCGCCCCAGCUCGCAUGGAUACCAAGGCGGAGCUGCGGGUGACAACGCCCGCCAAGGAAGUAGUCAGGGAAGGCGUCCGGGCCCAAGCCAUGUGGGGUCGGUCGACCGGCUACCGAGCUUUUACGCUGGGGGCGUGAGGCAGAAUGGCAACCAGGGGAAACAGAGAUCCGGCCCGCAGAGAUCAACAAAGGCGCUAGGAAAGCUCAAGAUUCUCCCAGAUGCAGGCGCUCCCGAUCAGCACAGGGGUUCGCCCAUCGUGCACUUGUCAACUGAGAGUCAAAGAGGGUCAGGCGAUGAGGAGAGCAGCGAUGACGACGUUGACCAAGAGGAUCACGAUGAACUCGCAGAGAGACAUGCACAGCUCAGUCAGAUUCCAGAAGGGUCCAUGCGAAGGGAUGCGAGGCGCUUGACGCGGAAAGCUCGAGCAAGCUUGCCCAGGGUAACAGCAUACAGUACAGCAACGUCCUAUCGCAUGCGAGAGCUGACAAAAUGGCUGCAAGCACGCAAGAACAGUCAUCGGACGAAUGCCAUGACGUUCGAUGAAUGUGUCUACUCCACUUACACUUACGAACUCAUCAACGCUUCGCACGGGACAUCUUCGCAGCUUUACGGCGUCUCUAACGGUCGCAAUGAGCCUUCGUAUCAUCAUCCACAACGCCACCAUCAUAGUAACAAAGAGUACUACCUCGACAGUCCCCGGGUGCGAGCACGAACAGGUGACUUGCUGGGCAUCCCCGAGCUAAGUAAUGAGUAUGAGGCGGAAGACGUCAGCGGAAGCGCCAACGGGAAUCGCAGCGAAAGCACGCAUGCGUCAUCCACCACGAUUGUCGACCACCAGGAGGACGGGUCAUAUGCUCAGGGCCACAUUGGCGAUGUCGGGGAGGAAAAUGAGGAAACACGGUUGCAGCGCGAACAAGCAGAGCAGGAGGCGAAGUUGCGUGAGGAGCAGCGCAGGCGCGAAGAGGCUCGGAGGAAACGUAAGGAACGAUUCCUGGUGAGGGACAUCAUACCGGAAAUCUUUGUGAUGGAGUACGGAACCAUCGUCAUAUGGGGGAUGACCGAGGUGGAGGAACGACGUUUUCUCAGGGAAUUGAAAAGGUUUGAAGUCGAAAGGCUCUCGCCAGAGGACAUCGAGAGCGAAGACCUCAAUUGGUAUCUUGCGGACUACAGUCGCAUCUACAACGAUGUUAUCACCCUACGCCGUGGCUCAAGCUACAUGACCAAGCUCUCACUCUCGCAUGCGCUUGCGCAGUCAACCAAGAUUAGCUUUUUCGAGGGGGUCAUCGAAAAUACAAUCGAUGCGACCAAGGGCAUCCCACAGAGUAUUGCCGAGAGCGGCAAAAUCGGCAUGCCUCCGGCGGACAUUAUGAAGCAGAUCGGCCAUCUUUUCAUCCUGAGAAUGAACAUCCACCUUGUCGGAUCCAUCGUUGACUCUCCCGAGAUUUUUUGGGCUCAACCGGAUCUCGAACCGUUGUAUUCGGCGGCGCGCAGCUAUCUCGAGAUCCCGCAGAGGAUCGACUUGCUAAACGCCCGCGUCGAAGUGCUGCAGGAUAUGCUUCAGCUGCUCAAGGAUCAAGUGUCUUCCAGUCAUUCGGAAUGGCUCGAGAUCAUCGUGAUCGUGCUCAUCGUAUUGGAAAUCAUCCUCGGUGUCGCCACCAUGAUCGUCGACCUCUACUUUGCGUAGAGACCUGGUUUCAAUAUGAUGCUGUAAAUGUUCUGUGCUAUACUAUUACAACA